AUGAGAUAUGAAUUGGGAACUAAUGAUUAUGUUCCUUUUGGUCCUAAAGAUACAGUGCUUGGUGGAGACUUAAGACAAAUCAUACAAGUGAUCUCAAAAGGCAGUAAAAGUGAUAUAGUUGGAUCUGCUAUCAAUGCUGCAUAUUUAAGGAACUAUUGUAAGGUUGGUGAUGGUAAAUUGAAUCAUCAUGACGAAGAAGACUCAGAUUUUGAAAUUCUAGCAGAUUUGUUAAUUGAUGAUUCAGAAUCCUCUUUAAAUAGGUUGAUUAAAUUCACUUAUCCUGAAAUUUUGAAGAAUUUGACCUUGAAGAAUUAUAAGAAUUUUGAAGAGAAGGCUUUAUUGUCUCCUACAUUAGAGAGUGUGCAAAAUGUUAACAACAUGAUGUUGUCUAUGAUUCCAGGAGAGGAAAAUGAAUACUUGAGUUCUGAUACGACAUGUAGAUCAGAUGAGGACACAUUAGGAUCAGAGUAG